CCAUUUUGAUCCAUUUUCCCCUUUGCUGUUCUUGGAAUGCGAUAUCGCUUCGUAGAUCUGCGUUUCCUGGAUGGGUUUGUGCCUUUCUUCCUUUCCUCUUCCGUUCGAUGAGUUGCAAUAUUUCGCGCCCCUGCAUUUUGCAGAAAGAAGAAAGGGCGUCCUAACCUUUUGGCCGUUCUCGAUUUGUUGCUUUAGUUCCUCACCCUUUCCACCAACAAAUGCUCGCGUUUUGAUGUGACCGGAAUCGAUCAAUAGCAGCCCUUGCCGCGCCAAAGGGCUGCUUACGUGAAUCUGCAGAGCUGCUUACAUGUUUCUCCUGUUGCAAUGCGCCCGCAGGAAACCAAAAGGGCCUCGUUUUGGUGUGGACGAUGGAGGAUGGGAGCCACCGUGCUCUCCUUUUGAGUGGAAAAAGAUGGCACCUUUGAUGGGACAAUCCAUCUUUGCUGAUCCCUAGCACUUGUUUAUUUGCAAAGUGGGUAGUGCUAGAUCUGUAGUGUUCCAUGAUUGCAGUUAGUGGGAGGUUGGGCAGGCUCAGCGGUCUAUUAAGGCCAUAGGAGCCAGACAUCAACCAACUUUUUCAGUUGGGGGGGACGACCUCUGCAUGUGUGGGUGUACAGUCCAGUUGUGAGAACUGAGAAGUCUCACUGUUGGAGGGUUGAUGGAUCUGAGUUGGAGAUUUUUAAAGGGAAGGCUGCACUUCAGUUGUCCAGGGCAGUGCCAAGCUUGAAUCUUUGAUUGACCUGUGCUUGUAGAAGACUUUUCAGUUUCUGCUGCCUGGGCAGGAAUAUAAUUUUCGUUUGUGAGAGACAAUGGCUACUGAGACUUUGCCUCAAAUACUUCCAGCAGUCCCGGACAUUCAAGCUCUGAAGCUACAUUCCCAGAAUGGUUCCUCUUUGGAGAUUACCGGGCUGAAUAAACACAGCGCAUCGGAAGCAAGAAGGUUGCCAGAACCAGAUAACUUGAGCAAACCAAGUUCUGAAGUGGAGCCAAAGGAACAGAAAUCAAAUAACCUGCAAAAUAAGCCAGUUGAUCGUGCUACUUCUAACAAGAUUCCUACGGAACUUGUUCAAAAUAAAAUGGUUUCGGAGUGUCCUGUAGAUGAAGAAAAGAAAGUUGUGGAGCAUGGGAAUACGGAAAGAAGCUUGAAACCAUCUUCGACAUUCAACAAAGAGUGUGGUAUAGCAAAGGCAAAUGGAAGUGGCAGUCUGAUCGAAAGAUCUGAGACAGGAGAAAGGGGAAUUUGUAGCAGAUACAGGCCAAGCACUAGCAGUAAUGUCAGUAAUGAAAGCUCGUGUAGCAGUAUAAGUAGCAUCACCAAGCCUCAUAAGGCAAAUGAUUCACGAUGGGAGGCAAUUCAGAUGAUCAGAACUAGAGAUGGGAUCCUUGGGCUGAGCCAUUUUAAGCUGUUGAAGAAGCUAGGCUGUGGUGACAUUGGUAGCGUGUAUCUUUCAGAAUUGAGUGGAACAAGGAGCUAUUUUGCAAUGAAGGUUAUGGAUAAGGCAUCGCUUGCAAGCCGUAAGAAGUUGCUUCGAUCCAAGACUGAGAAAGACAUCCUGCAGUGCCUGGAUCAUCCUUUUCUUCCUACAUUGUAUACACACUUUGAGACUAAUAAAUUCUCAUGUCUGGUUAUGGAGUUUUGCCCUGGGGGAGACCUGCAUACUCUUCGCCAGAGGCAGCGUGGCAAGUAUUUUCCAGAGCAAGCUGUUAAAUUCUAUGUAGCCGAAAUUCUCCUUGCAAUGGAGUACUUGCACAUGCUCGGUAUCAUAUACCGCGAUCUCAAGCCUGAAAAUGUCCUUGUUCGUGAGGAUGGGCACAUCAUGCUAUCCGACUUCGAUCUCUCCCUACGCUGUGCAGUGAGACCAACACUAAUCAGAUCAUCAGGGUUUGAUGCAGAAGCACUUCAGAAGAACAACCAGGCUUACUGUGCUCAACCAGCUUGUGUCGAGCCAUCCUGCAUGAUGCAGCCAUCAUGCACAGCCCCCACAACAUGCUUUGGCCCACGACUCUUCUCUAAGUCAAAGAAAGAUCGAAAACCAAAGCCUGAAGUUGUCAACCAGGUCAGACCGUGGCCCGAGCUGAUAGCAGAACCUAGUGAUGCACGGUCUAUGUCAUUUGUCGGCACGCAUGAGUACUUGGCCCCUGAGAUUAUCAAAGGUGAGGGUCACGGUAGUGCUGUUGACUGGUGGACCUUUGGUAUAUUCUUAUAUGAGCUUCUGUUUGGAAAAACACCAUUCAAAGGCUCAGGGAACCGGGUGACACUUUUCAAUGUCAUUGGUCAGCCGUUGCGUUUCCCUGAAUACCCAGUUGUAAGCUUUCCAGCCAGAGAUUUAAUUAGGGGUCUUCUUGUCAAGGAACCCCAACAACGAUUGGGUUAUAAGCGUGGUGCCACAGAGAUAAAACAGCACCCAUUUUUUGAGGGUGUGAAUUGGGCACUGAUACGCUGUGCGAGCCCUCCAGAAGUUCCAAAGCCUGUUGAGGUUAUGAGGCCCCCGAAGGUGCCUGCGUUGACAUCAGGGACUGCUGCUUCUACUAGUGCUGCCCAGAAAGGUUCUGAUAACUAUUUAGAGUUUGAUUUCUUUUAGGGGAAUAGGAAGAUUUUUGCUUUUUUUUUUGGGUAAUGUUGGAUAAAGAUUUUUUAUUUUUUUUUUGCAUCUAUAUUUUGUUUGCAGACGAAGUGUAUGUAGGUUUUUGUCUCUGUCAACCUGUUUCUAUUCUUUCAAAGUGAACAAUUGGAUGUUCAAAUUGCUGUUCCUCAACAAGUUCAAAUUUCUCACCGAGUCAAAAA